AUGGACGGAGCUGGCAAAGUGGGCGGCAAGGUCGGAGGAAAGGUGGGCGGAAAGGUUGGUGGAAUGGGAAAGGGAGGAAAGGGAAAGAGUGGAAGCGGCAAAGGCAAGAAGGCGCCUCUCUCUCGGGCUGCCCGAGCGGGUCUCCAGUUCCCCGUUGGUCGUGUCCAUCGUAUGCUGAAAAGCCGCAUCAGUUCCGAAGGUCGUGUCGGUUCCACAGCGGCGGUGUAUGCUUCGGCCAUUCUCGAGUACCUCACUGCCGAAGUUCUUGAGUUGGCGGGAAACGCCAGCAAAGAUCUCAAAGUGAAAAGAAUUACGCCCCGUCACUUGCAGCUUGCCAUCAGAGGUGACGAAGAGUUGGAUACUUUGAUCAAGGCCACGAUUGCGGGUGGUGGUGUCAUCCCGCACAUUCACAAGUCGCUCAUGACUAAAGGGCCGUCCACGCAGCCGAUGAAGAAGGCCAAGAAAUAA